AUGGGUGAUCAUUUUUAGAAAAUAGACAUACUAAUAAGAAAAUAGCAAUUCCAAAAGAGUUUAAGUAAGUUAGAGAAAUUGCAAAAUGAAUUGAACAUUAAAUUAAAUAACCCUGAAGAAUGCUCUGAAAAUGAAUUAGUAUUAUUAUAAUUAAUGAGAUUCUUCAAAGUAAUAUUUAUGAGAGAUAUGCCCAAAUCUUUAUUGAUAUCAAUUAAGUUUAUCGUGCUAUGCAAUAUUUGAUUAGUAUGAUUAAAAUAGAAAAAGAACUUUUCAAAACUCAAAACGAUAAAGAAAGUAUCCUUAGACUGUGUAAUUCUUAUGCUAAAAUUGGUAAUAAUUGACACUACUUUAAGGAAGAUGUUGCUUUUAUUGUUGCUACUAUGAAUAGACCUUCAAAUACCUUGAUUAUGCAUAGUAAUUGUUGAUCAAACAUGGCUUAACUUAAACAGGAGUAUAUGCUAUGACAUUAACACAACUGGGGAAUUAUUACAGAUUUAUGUUCCAAGAUGAUUUAGCAGAAUCAAUGUUAUAUGAGAGUAUCAAAAUUAGAGAAGACUUAUUUACAAGAUAAUCAAUAGUACUAUAGAUUAACAUAUUUUAGGAAGUGGCAGAUUCUUUGCAUGGAUUAUCGUAAUUAUUUUCAGAUGAAGGAAAAAUAGAAGAAGCCAUGAAAUCCAUUUCAGAAGCCAUCUCAAUAUGGACAGAGGUUUUAGGUUAUCAACACAUAAAAACUGCCAAAUCAAUUUAUUUGAAGGGAAAUCUUUAUUUAAGAAUGAAAAGUAAUCAAGAAAGUAGCAAUAUUAUCUUUAUCUAGAUUUAUCGGCUGCUGAAAAACUUAUUACUGAAAGCUUAGAAAUAAAUCUCAAGAUUAUGGGAGAGUCAUCCUAAGAUAUUGCUGAUUGUUAUCAUUCAUUAGGAAAAAUUAAAGCCUAUAAUAAAACUUCAAAUGAAUUUGAAUAAUACUUCAAAAAAUCUCAAGAGAUUCUAAAAACCUUGUAUGGCCAAAGUCACGCAAGUAUUGCAAUUAUUCUUAAUAAUUUUGGAAGAUCUUAUUUUGAAAGAAAGCAAUAUGAAGAAGCUGUUAAUUGUUUUGAAGAAUCUAUUAAAAUAUACACAUAGUUAUGUGGCAAAAUGCACGGUAAUCUAGCAAUUACCCUCAAAAAUUGUGCAGAUUGCCACAAAGAACUCGGUCGAUACAAAUAAGCUUAUAUUGACUAUCAAAGAUCAUUAGAAAUUUAUAAGGUAUUUAUUUUUUAUAACAAAGAAAAUGUAAAUAAACUCUUCAUAGGCAAAUUAAAUAUAAAAUUUAAUGUCCUAAAUCUCAGAUAAGUACUUAGAGGAUUGA